AUGCUCAGUUCCCCGGUCUUCUGCCUGAUCAUCCAGAUUGUCGCUCUCGCCUGCUCCCUGCUCUCGGCCGCCCCGUCGUGCCCCAGCAUCUUCCGAUGGCUGCGACAGCCGCAUAAGCGACGCUCCCUGUUCAGAGCCAUCUACAGAGACCAAGAUGGCGUCGCGACCGAGGAAUCCAUGUACGCCUUCUCCGACUGGGGGCAGCGCGCCGGAUUUCUGCUCUGCAUCGUAGCCGGCGCCGCCUUGUCGCUCGCCCGCGCCAUCUCGACCACGCUCACCAACGAUCCAUCGUGGGUUCUUGAACACUGGCUGCAGUUUGGCGCUUGGAUCUCCCUCCUCGUCCCCGGUGGCGCCUUGCUGGUCGAGACCGAGCCCACGGUUCGAUUCACUCACGGCUUACGAGGCAGUUUCGGUUGUCUGCUGGUGAUGCUCGGCCUCUGCACCGAAGCGUAUACACACUAUGUGCUGGGAGACUCGAGUUACGCGGAUCCGCAGCUGGAGACCUUGAUCGCCCAGAUCACCGCCUCCUUCUCGUCCUUUGGUCUCGGUCUGCUUCUGCCCCGGCGCCCGGAUGUCUUCCACAACGGUGCCAUCGUCGACCAGAAAGAUACGCAUUCCUUCCUCAGCCGACUGUCCUUCGGGUGGGCAGGCGGUCUUCUCGAGUCGAUCCGCCAUAACCGCGCCAUCAACAUCCAGGAUCUCCCCGAACUGGACUUUCGCACCCGCUCGGCCAACCUGCAGGAUGCCUUUGACCGCACCCGCGCCGUCCUGGCUGCCUCGGCUCGUACCAGCCUGUGGAAGGUCCUGGUCGUGUCGCAUCGCAAAGCCUUGGUGUCGCAGCUCAUCUUGACCGUCGCUAACGCCAUCCUCACGUUUGCGCCGCAGAUCAGCUUCCUCGGCAUCCUCCGAGCCCUGGAGUCAGCCUCGUCGACAGCAGUCGAAGAGGAGGAGGAUAAUAUCCAACAAGACGCGUCGGUCUGGCUAUGGGUGUUGGCGCUCGGCAUGUCCAUCAUGAUCUCCGCAACGCUGGAGAACUGGAAUUACUGGGUCUCGUCCAACGACAUCGCCGUGCGACUCUACGAACAGCUGUCGGUGGUGAUCUUUGACAAGGCGUUGAGGUCCCAGGAUGGGCCCCGAUCAUCGGCGGAACAGAACAUCCUCAGUCUGGUCGCCGUCGAUGCCAAACGCGUCGCCGACUUUGCCUCUUUGAAUUUCAUGAUCUACGAAGCCCCCUUGAAGGUCGUCAUCGCCGGCAUCUUGAUCGCCCGCUUGCUCGGCUGGCAGAGUCUCCUCGCCGCCAUCGGCGUCCUGUUCGUCCUGACUUUGGUCAACGUCUACGCCAUUCGGCGCUACUCGGUCGCCCAGCAUGACCUCCUCUCCUGGAGGGACCGGAAGCUGUCGACCAUCACAGAGGCCUUGCAGGGUAUCAGACAGAUCAAGUUCUCUGCUCUUGAGAGCCACUGGGAGCGACGCAUCAACACAUUACGCGACAACGAGCUGCAACGCCAGUGGGACGCCUUUUGCGCAAAUCUCUUCCUGAUGGCCAUGUAUGUCUUGGGCCCCAUCUUGAUCUCGGCCGCGUGUCUCAUGGUGUAUGCCCUCCAACACGGCCAGCUCUCGGCCUCUGUGGCGUUCACCGCGAUCUCGGUCUUCGGCACGCUGGAAGUGUCGCUGGCAGUCCUGCCGGAGAUGCUUGCCAACGGGGUCAACGCGGUGAUCAGUCUGGCGCGAAUCGACGCCUACUUGCAGGAUUCCGAGAAGGAGGACAUCCAUAUCCCAGGCCCGGACAUCUCUUUUCACGAUGCAACAAUCUCAUGGUACCCGCAGUCGGAUCGGGGGGACUCUCCGUUCUCCCUGCGCAACGUCUCGCUCAACCUGCCCUCGGCAGGGUUGACGGUGAUUACAGGUCCAACUGGCUCUGGCAAGAGUCUCCUCAUGGCCGCCAUCCUAGGAGAAUGUGCAGUCAGCCACGGCCUCGUCACCAGGCCUGUUCCUCCUGCAGGAUCUGCGGAGAGCUACGACGAGACCGACGAUGAGUGGAUCGUUCCUUCUUCCAUCGCCUACGUUGCACAGACUCCAUGGAUCGAGAACUGCAGCCUGCAGGAGAACGUCCUCUUCGGCCUUCCCUACAACGCCCGACGAUACCAGCAGGUGAUCCGCGCCUGCGCGCUCGACAAGGAUCUGGAGAAUCUCGUCGACGGCGAGACCACCGAACUCGGCGCUCAAGGCGUCAAUCUCAGUGGUGGCCAGCGGUGGCGACUCACUCUCGCCCGGGCACUCUACUCCCGGGCUGGCAUCUUGAUCCUCGAGGAUAUCUUCAGUGCCGUCGAUGCCCACACGGCGCAUCAUCUCUACGAACACGCGCUGACGGGUGAGUUGGCAGCCAACCGCACGCGCAUUCUCGUCACCCACCAUCUUCACCUAUGCCUCCCUCACGCCGAUUAUCUUGUAUCGCUCGAUCAAACGGGGAUCAGGUACUCGGGCUCCGUAUCCGAGCUUCGCAGUAAAGGCCUGUUGUGCGACCUCGAUGCACAAAACACCGAUGAUCCUACAACGGCCAAGCAAGAACCGAAGAGUGCUUUGCAGGCCUGCGUUUUUGCCCCGGACGACGAUGAGGAUGAUACCCCCAAGUCGCACCGACGGUUUGUCGAGGAGGAAGAACGUGCAUCCGGCAACGUCAAAUGGGCUGUUUACUGGCAAUAUAUGCAGCAGGUUGGAGGGUCCUGGCGAUGGCUGGCGUUGGUGGUUGCUUUCAUUUCCUACAGCGGGCUCAUGCUCGGUCGAGGCUGGUGGUUGAACAUCUGGACGAACAAAAGCGAGCAGGCCUCCGCGACGGUAGACGUGAUGUUCUAUCUCGGCAUAUACGUACUUCUCUCCCUGCUGGCCUGUAUAACGGGCGUCCUGCGCAGCUACCUGGCGCUCUCGUCUGCACUGCGCGCUUCGCAAGGCCUGUUCCAUCAGGUGCUCUCGCAUGUGCUGCGCGCACCGCUGCAGUGGCUCAACACCGUGCCCAUGGGCCGGGUGCUCAAUCGCUUCGCUGCCGAUUUCAAUCUGGUGGACUCACGCCUAGGCUACGACUUCAACUAUGCCUUUGCCGCCAUGCUGGAGGUGGUCGCCAUCAUCCUGGCCGGGUCCCUGGUGAACGGCUGGCUGCUUCUGCUGUCCCUGCUGCCUCUCUCGCUGUGUGUGUAUUACGCAUGGCAGUUUCUCACCGUCGCCCGCGAGAUCAAACGCCUGGAAAGCACCACGCGCAGCCCUGUCCUAGAACUGUUCCGCUCUGCGCUGGACGGCCUGGCCACCAUCCGCGCCUUCGAGGUGACGGACCGCUACCGCCAGCUGCUGCAGGGGAAAGUCGACCAGCACGCCCAGGCGGCAUGGAACCUGUGGCUUCUGAUCCGCUGGCUCGGGUUCCGAAUGAGCACGGUGGGCGCGCUCUUCACGACGCUCGCCGCGGCGAUUCUGGUCUCGAUGCAGGGCGUGACGCCCGCGCUGGCCGGGUUCGCCAUCAGCUUCAUUAUCCGAUACAGCGCCGUCGUCUCGCAGGCGAUCCGACAAUACGCCAACCUCGAGAUGUCGAUGAACAGCAUCGAGCGCGUCACGGAAUACAGCAACAUCCCGUGCGAGGAAGCCAAGUCAAGUAACUCUCGCUCUGCCCCUGCUGCGUGGCCCACGGGCGGCAGACUGGACGUGUCGGACCUUGUGGUCAGCUAUUCGCCUGAUCUACCGCCCGUGCUCGCCGGGGUGAGCUUCCACGUGGAGUCGAACCAGCGCGUCGGUAUCGUCGGACGCACGGGAGCCGGGAAAUCAUCGCUUGCCCUAGCCUUGUUCCGUCUGAUCGAGGCCCAACAGGGCUCUAUCUUCGUGGACGGGCUCGACAUCGCAGAGAUCCCGCUGGAGCAGUUACGGAGCCGGCUCGCGAUCAUCCCGCAGGACCCGAUCCUCUUCGCCGGCACGAUCCGGUCGAAUCUCGACCCACUGGAUCAGUACGGUGACGGCGAGCUGAUCGAGGCGCUGGUCCGGGUGCAUUGGCCUGCUGCCGUGACGAUGGUGGCCGCCCAGGAGUCAGACGAGGUGUCGGUCCGGUCCAUCGCCACGACGAUCACGCUGGGAACAAUCUCGAGCUCGAAUCUCUUGGACGUGGAUGACGAGACGGUCGCCCUGCGAUCGUACAGACCCAUUCCCUCCCGGUCGGUGCUUGACGUCCCCGUCACCGAGGGCGGAUGCAACAUGUCGCAAGGCCAGCGCCAGCUGCUCUGUCUUGCGCGCGCGAUCGUCUCACGCCCGAAGAUGGUGGUGCUGGACGAGGCGACCUCGGCGGUCGACAAGGACACCGAUGCUCUGAUCCAACAGUCCAUCCGGGAUGAGUUUGGUCGCAACGCUACCACCCUGUUGGUGAUUGCGCAUCGGCUCAGCACCGUCGCCGACUUCGACCGGAUCCUUGUUCUCGAGGCCGGGAGAGUGGUGGAAUAUGGAUCUCCCGCGGAGCUGGUGUCGAAACGAGGCGCGUUCUUCUCUCUUGUCGAGGAGAGUCCUGAACGAGCGUAUCUGCGGAGUGUCAUUGCCGAGGCUGGACACUCUUCGUGA